UUGGUGUCGAUGUUUUCACGACUCCGUCAGUCUGACAGACCUCUGGACGCUUCCCAGAGACCAAACUCCGCUCAGUGAACACUUCUUCAAACCUAAAAAAAAAACCUCCUUCUCCUCCACACCAAGAUGAACGAAGGGGUGGAGGAGUUGCAACUGCUUGAGGAGGCACAGGAGGCUGAGGAGCAGGAGCAGCAGGAGGAGGACAUGCAGCAACAGGAGGGAGAGAGGGAGGAGGUUCAGCAACAGGAGGGAGAGCAGGAAGAGUUACACCAACAGGAGGAAGAACAGGAGGAGAUGCAGCAACAGGAGGCAGAGCAGGAGGAGGAGAUGCAACAGGAGCAGGAGGAGGUGCAGCAGACAGAGGGGGUUCAGCAGGAGGAGGAGCAGCAGACAGCGGGGGUUCAGCAGGAGGAGGAGCAGCGGCUGGAGGAGGUACAGACAGAGGAGAUGUCACAGACUGAGGAGGUGCAGUGGACUGAACAGGAGCAGCAGAUUGAGGAGGUGCAGCAGACUGAGGAGGUGCAGGACUUUGUGGACGCUCUGGAGCAGAAUCAAAACAACCAGGUCCUCAUUCGACUGAGAGGAAUGCAGAAAUAUAAAAAUACGUCACAGAGGUUGAAGGGGGUCAUGGAGCAGAUGGACCGUGGCGUUGUGGACCUGCAGGAGCUCCGCAGGAACCUGGAGCUCGCUGCUGCCAUGUUGGAUGCUGUUUACACUGAUGAGACCAAGCGUCUGUUGGACACUGAGGACGAGCUCAGUGACUUACAGGCGGAAUCGGUGCCCAGCGAAGUACGUGACUGGCUAGCAUGCACCUUCAGCAGGAGGAUGGGCGUGGCCAAGCGUCGUCCUGAGGAGAAGCCAAGAUUCAGGAGCAUUGUGCAUGCAGUGCAAGCUGGGAUAUUUGUAGAGAGGAUGUACAGACGGACAUCCAACAUGGCUGGUCUGACCUAUCCUCCCACAGCUCUAACGGCUCUGAAGGAAGUGGAUCAGUGGUCGUUUGAUGUUUUUUCCUUCCACGAGGCCACUGGAGACCACGCCCUCAAGUUCCUGGUCUAUGACCUGCUGACCCGCUAUGACCUCAUCAACAGGUUCAGGAUCCCAGUACAGGCUCUGGUGCAGUUUGUUGAAGCUCUGGAGAAUGGCUACAGCAAACACAAGAACCCCUAUCACAACCUGAUCCACGCCGCUGAUGUCACUCAGACCGCCCACUUCCUGAUGCUGCACACCGGGCUCAUGCACUGGCUCAGUGAGCUGGAGAUUCUUGCGAUGGUUUUUGCUGCAGCAAUUCAUGACUUCGAACACACAGGAACCACCAACAAUUUCCACAUCCACACCAGGUCAGAGGUGGCCAUUCUGUACAACGACAGGUCAGUGCUGGAGAACCAUCACGUCAGCGCCGCAUACAGGCUGAUGGCAGAGGAGGACAUGAACAUCAUGGUCAACCUGAACAAGGACGACUGGAGGGAGCUGAGGGCUCUGGUGAUAGAGAUGGUGAUGUCCACAGACAUGUCCUGUCACUUCCAGCAGAUCAAGACCAUGAGGAACACCCUGACACAGACACACAGUAUAGACAAAGUGAAGGUUUUGUCUCUGAUGCUUCAUGCUGCAGACAUCAGUCAUCCUGCCAAGGCCUGGCCACUGCACUACCGCUGGACUCACAGUCUGAUGGAGGAGUUCUUUCGACAGGGAGAUAAAGAGGUGGAGCUUGGCCUUCCUUUUUCUCCUCUCUGCGACCGCAAAGCUACCAUGAUUGCCCAAUCACAGAUAGGUUUCAUAGACUUCAUUGUGGAGCCGACCUUCAGUGUUCUGAUCGACACAACAGAAAAGGUGAUUGGUCCUCUGAUAGAAGAGGACAGGAAGGCCAGGGAGACUGGAAACAGGAGGUCCAGUCUAACAGGAAGUGGUUCAGUUACCGUGGAGUCUGUGCAGAGACAUAGUAGUGGUCGCCAUGGGAACAGUGAUGAUGGACAGAUGGACUUUUCCCUAAUGGCCAUCAACCUGCCAGUUCUGAGGCUCCACCUCUCUGGUGUCAUUGCCAGCAACAAGGAUCGAUGGAAAGAGCUGUCUGUGCAUGAGCUGGCCAAUAAGGAGCGGGAAGACCAAGAGGGAGUAGAGUCUAACGUCAACUCAGACAGUCAAUCACAUGCCUCACCCAGCCACAAUGUCCCUGAUGGUCAUACUUCUGACCAGUCACAGAGCUUGGAUGGCUCCCCACCUGAUGAAACAAAUGACAAGUCACCUGACCACAUGUCUGCAAAUCAUCUGACCUGGAAUGGGGUGGGGCCAGGAGAGGAGAAGGAGGAGGACGAUGAAGUGCCUGAAAAUGCCUGAUGAUCCUCUGUGGGUGAACUCACCACUGUAUCUGAA